GGGUCCGGCCGCCCGCGGCAGAGAUGGAGCCGCUGGCCGCCGCCAGUCAGCUGGGAGCCGGGCGCGACUCUGGCUCCUCCUCCUCCUCCUCCUCGUCGGCUUCGUCCUCGUCCUCGUCCUCGCCCCACUCCAAGCAGGAGCUGCAGCCCUACGCCGGCUCCAGCCCGCUGAAGCCCAACCAGGUCGGGGAGACCUCCCUGUACGGCGUGCCCAUCGUCUCGCUGGUCAUCGACGGGCAGGAGCGCCUCUGCCUGGCGCAGAUCUCCAACACGCUGCUCAAGAACUACAGCUACAAUGAGAUCCACAACCGUCGGGUGGCGCUGGGCAUCACCUGCGUGCAGUGCACGCCGGUGCAGCUGGAGAUCCUGCGCCGGGCCGGCGCCAUGCCCAUCUCGUCGCGGCGCUGCGGCAUGAUCACCAAGCGCGAGGCCGAGCGGCUCUGCAAGUCCUUCCUGGGCGAGCACAAGCCGCCCACGCUGCCCGAGAACUUCGCCUUCGACGUGGUGCACGAGUGCGCCUGGGGCUCGCGGGGCAGCUUCAUCCCGGCGCGCUACAACAGCUCGCGCGCCAAGUGCAUCAAGUGUAGCUAUUGCAGCAUGUACUUCUCGCCCAACAAGUUCAUCUUCCACUCGCACCGCACGCCCGACGCCAAGUACACGCAGCCCGACGCCGCCAACUUCAACUCCUGGCGCCGCCACCUCAAGCUCAGCGACAAGGCGGCCGCCGAGGACCUCAGCCACGCCUGGGAGGACGUCAAGGCCAUGUUCAACGGCGGCACCCAUUCUCGGCCAUGGAGCGACUUCCCAGGCUCUGUGCGAGAGGGCCGCGAGUCCUGGGACGCAAAGGCCUAUCCUUCAGGGAGGGAGGACUGUCCGCAAGCGCUCAAAGCCGGCGCCUCCCUGGGCCCACCCAUCACCCCCUAUCUCUGCGCCCCGGAGAAAAACGACCCAGAUCACGAAGACAACCACUCGGCCGCGGAGGAUCUGGAGAGCAAGAAACCCUCCCCAAACCAAAGGAGCGUCUCGCAGCACAGCCCGACUCACGCCGAGCGAGACGAGUUGCAAAGACUCCUCUUGGAACAGAUGGAUCUCAGGAAGAAAUUGGAACGGGAAUUCCAAAGUCUCAAAGGUACCUUCCGCGUCCUCUCGCGAGGGGCCGCUCCCUUGCCAGCCCGUCCCCAGCCCGUCCUGUCCUCCGCAGAUACGCUGUGCAACGAGCUGGACCAGGAACGGAAGGCCCGCUACGCCAUUCAGCAGAAGCUCAAAGAGGCCCACGAUGCGCUGCACCACUUUUCCUGCAAGAUGCUGACCCCUCGCCACUGCGCCGGCAACUGCUCCUUCAAGCCCCCCUUGUUGCCCCAGUGA